AACGCGGCCCUAGCGUACCGUAGACUUCACUGCGCCCCUGCCCGAGCGGGGGGGCAAUUCGCGAAACUUCGGCUUGCGAAGCUUUCUGCGCGACACGUCCUUCGAAUAUAUCCCUUUUAGUUCGCUGGAGCCUAAGACAAUUCCUCUCCUCGUCCCGCCAACCUCGCCGUUUUUGCCUUCCGUCGAUGGACGUUUUGUGGUUGCAUAUUGCUCCUUUACUCACAUCUCGGCCCUCCAUCGCAAGACGGCCUUUGAGCUCGACUGCUCUCCCGAGAUAGAUGUUCUGAUUCCUCAAUCUCCCAAAAAUUGCCUAUACCGUCGGCACAUAGCAUCAUGUCCGAUCCUAGCAAGGAUGGGCCCGAAGGGGCGCCACGCAGGGCGAGAGCUCCUACUAUAACCAUUGACACGACGAACGACACCGAGCCUGCGAAUAUCGGUCUGCAGCAUUCGCCCGUGUCGCCGCCAGACGAGUCGGUAAGCCCAACCGCGCUGACUUCGAGUUGGAUAUCUGAGAAAGCCGGCUCCGCUCCCGCGUCUCAGCAGUCUACGGCAAGCACCAGAGUAGAUGCCCGGCAGGCGAAUUCCUUCGAUAGUGUCAGAGACAGCCGGCCGACGAGUCCCCACAAUGUUUCUAGUCCGGUCGCCUCGCGGGGGAACGAGAAAGGCCAGGCCUUUCUUUCCGUGCCGAAUACCCAUCGCUCCAGGCAAAAUUCCGUCGAUAGCGACGAUGGGUCGCGUUCCAUCGGUUCCUCUCAGGGUGAGACCGUUACUGGCUCGUGGAACGGCGAUAAGAAUGGGACAACGAAAACUCCCGUCGACAACGAAAAGAUCAUGAAGGACGAGAGCGCCUUGAAGCCGGACCAAGGAAAGGAUGCCGACUUCCACGUGGAGAAUAACCCUUUCGCAUUCAGCCCUGGGCAGCUUACGAAGAUGUUCAACCCGAAGAAUCUCUCCGCGUUUUAUCAGCUGGGUGGUCUUACUGGUAUGGAAAAGGGCCUUCGUACCAAUCGGGAAACGGGUUUGAGUCUGGAUGAGAAGCGCCUGGCCGGUGAAGUCUCAUUCGAGGAGGCGAUUGGCAAAUCACCGGCCAAGCUGGUUAGCGAAGGGUCGGAUAGUCCACAGAAGCCGGUUGCUCAAGUGGGAACCCACCACCACUCCGAGUCCGACGAGUCUUUCUUCGACAGGAAACGAGUCUACGGGGAUAACCGACUUCCUGAAAAGAAGGGCAAGAGUUUCCUGCAACUGGUAUGGAUUACUUACAAUGACAAGGUCCUCAUCCUACUUUCUGUCGCCGCUGUGGUGUCGCUCGCUGUUGGUCUCUACCAAACGUUCGGUGGCGAGCACGUAGAAGGAGAGCCAUCUGUCGAAUGGAUUGAGGGCGUAGCCAUCAUCGCAGCCAUCGUCAUCGUCGUACUGGUCGGAUCUUUGAACGACUGGCAGAAGGAAAGACAGUUUGCGAAACUUAACAGGAAGAAGCAGGAUCGGGCUGUGAAGGUGGUCCGAUCAGGGAAGACUAUCGAGAUAUCUGUCUUUGACCUCCUAGCCGGAGACGUUGUCCACCUGGAACCCGGCGAUUUAAUCCCCGUCGACGGCAUUCUCAUCCAGGGCUUUGACGUGAAGUGUGACGAAUCGCAAGCUACGGGCGAGUCGGACAUUAUUCGCAAGAGACCCGGCGAUGAGGUUUUCGCUGCGAUCGAGAACGGCGAGGAUACGAGAAAGCUCGACCCGUUUAUCCAGUCAGGAGGUCGAGUUAUGGAAGGUGUGGGGACGUUCCUGGCCACGUCGACCGGUAUCUACUCGAGCUACGGUAAGACGAUGGUGUCCCUGAACGAGGACCCCGAGAUCACGCCGCUCCAGUCGAAGCUGAACGUCAUUGCCGAAUAUAUCGCGAAGCUCGGAGGCGCUUCCGGCCUGCUGCUGUUCGUUGUACUCUUCAUCAUGUUCCUGGUCCGACUUCCCAGCAACUGGCAGAUGACACCGUCUCAAAAAGGCCAGCAGUUUAUCGACAUCUUCAUAGUUGUAGUCACUAUCAUUGUCGUCGCGGUACCCGAAGGCUUGCCGCUCGCUGUUACGUUAGCGCUAGCCUUUGCCACGACCCGCAUGAUCAAGGACAACAACCUGGUGCGCCACCUGAAGGCCUGUGAGGUUAUGGGGAAUGCGACGACGAUCUGCUCCGACAAGACGGGUACGUUGACCCAGAACAAGAUGAAGGUUGUGGCAGCGACCAUCGGUACGUCCCACCGGUUUGGAAGCGGGAAGUCCGACGGCGAGGAGCAAUCGGAAAAGGAAUUUGCCAGCUCUCUCAGCAAGGGUGUCCGGGAGAUCCUGCUAAAGUCUAUCGCGAUCAACUCGACUGCUUUCGAGGGCGAGCUUGACGGCGUGAAGACGUUCAUCGGAUCUAAAACGGAGACUGCGUUACUCGAAUUGGCUAAGGCCCAUCUGGGUAUGGGCCCGGUGGCCGAGGAACGAUCGAAUGUGAAGACUCUGCAGCUUAUCCCCUUCGAUUCUGGCCGGAAAUGCAUGGGUGUCAUCGUUCAGCUCGAGAACGGUGGAUCUCGUCUGUAUGUGAAGGGGGCGUCUGAGAUCGUGCUCGGGAAAUGCACCACGAUGUUCCGGGACCCUACUCAGGAUACUUCGACUACCCCUCUCACUAAAGAUGGCUCGGAAACCGUCAAAGGCCUUAUCGAGAACUUUGCGUCAAGAUCACUACGCACUAUUGGAAUCGCCUACCGCGACUUUGAUAGGUGGCCUCCGCGGGGCGCUAGACGCGUCGAGGGGGAACGUAACGAGGUCGUUUUUGAGGACGUAUUCAAUAAGAUGACAUUUAUCGGAAUGGUCGGCAUCCAGGAUCCCCUGCGCGACGGAGUUCCCGAGGCUGUCAAGCAGUGCCAAAGAGCCGGGGUAGUGGUGCGUAUGGUUACCGGCGACAACAAGCUCACGGCCCAAGCUAUCGCAAGGGAAUGCGGUAUAUUACAACCGGACGGACUUGUCAUGGAGGGGCCCGAAUUCCGUAAUCUCAGCAAGUACCAUCAGAACGAAAUCAUCCCCCGCCUCCAGGUGCUCGCCCGUUCUAGCCCCGAGGACAAGCGUAUUCUCGUGCGUCGGCUUAAGGACAUGGGCGAGACGGUCGCUGUUACGGGAGACGGUACGAACGACGCGCCCGCCCUCAAGCUGGCCGACGUCGGAUUUUCCAUGGGUAUCGCGGGUACGGAGGUGGCAAAGGAGGCAUCUGCUAUUAUUCUCAUGGACGACAACUUCACCAGCAUCGUCAAAGCCUUGAAGUGGGGUCGUGCUGUCAAUGAUGCUGUUAAGCGAUUCCUGCAGUUUCAGCUGACGGUCAACAUCACUGCCGUCGUGUUGACAUUUGUCACGGCUGUGUCUAGCAGCGAUGAGGGCUCCGUUCUGACUGCCGUCCAGCUUCUAUGGGUUAAUUUGAUCAUGGAUACUCUGGCGGCUCUCGCUCUUGCCACCGACCCUCCCCAGGACAGCGUUUUGAAUCGGAAACCGGAACCUAGGGGGUCUAGCAUUAUCUCGAUCACGAUGUGGAAGAUGAUCAUCGGGCAAGCAAUUUACCAGCUGGCGGUUACCUUCGUGCUCUACUAUGCCGGAAAUACGAUCGGUAUAGUUGAGCCGGGCGAGUUCACUCGGCGUGACACCCUGGUUUUCAACACAUUCGUCUGGAUGCAAAUCUUCAACCAGUGGAACAACCGUCGUUUGGAUAACCAAUUCAACAUAUUCGAAGGCUUGCUGCAAAAUUGGUUCUUCAUCGGAAUCAAUGUCGCCAUGUGCGGCGCUCAGGUGCUCAUCAUUUUUGUCGGCGGUACUCCCUUCAGCAUCUCCCUUCUCGAUCCUCCGCAGACCGCCCCCCAGUGGGCAUGCGCAAUCGUUAUCGGCGUAAUUUCUAUCCCUAUAGGCAUGGUAAUUCGCCUCAUCCCGGAUGAGUUUAUCAGAAAGUGCAUUCCUGCGUCUCUGAAGAAGAAACGCCGUAUUCCCGGAUUGACGGUAUCUGAUGAAGAACGGUUCAACGCCUACCCGGAGGUCCUAUCCGAUGUUAGGAACGAACUCGCGCUUCUUAAGAGAUUCAAGGGUGGCCGCUUGAACAAUUUGAGGUUUGCCGUGAAGCAUCCUCGCGAGACUCUGGUAGCCAAGAUGAGGAGCCCAUCUCACUCUCGAUCGAACUCGGUGAGGAUACCGCAGACUCCGACACGCGAGGACAGUUUUAGCAACCCUUCUCCGGCGCCGACGCCCGACUCGAGACGGCGAUCCAGGUCCGUCCGGUCCCGGUCCAAUUCGGCGUUAGGGGCCCCUACGGUUAUGGCCGGGAUUAUCGCCGGAAGUGUGGCAGCCGGUUGGUCUCCGAUCGAGAGGGCUGGCGAUCGCGACUUUUCACAACCGCCCCCUCGCCCAGCGCCAUCGCCUCUCCAGACUCGCGAGAACAGCGAGCUGGAGCCGGUACCUAUCUUGACGGAAGAACCCAUGGAGAUGGAGGAGCCUAUCCCACCCCACGUACCACGGCUCAAUAUCCCACAACCCCCUCAAAAGCAGAAGCCUGCUUCUUAGGCAGUGCAAGAGGUGUUUUUUUCUUUGUCUAGAUCAGCCCUGCCUCGACUACCUCGACUGCGACCAAACCUGAAGAGACGCGGAGGCAACGAGGGCAUGCGCGUAGAGCCAGUAGAGUAUCCGAGGGGCAC